ACGGCUGCGGACGUGGCCGUGCCGCGGCGCCGCCUGUUUCGCCGUGACGCCUGCGCGCUGGGCGUGCGCGCCGGUGCGCGGCCUGGCCUGAGGCUGCCUUAGCGCCCGCUGGGGAUGAGGCAUCCGUGGGGUGCGGAACGCCGCUCCUGAGCGCCCGUCCGGCCGCGGGCCCCUUCCCGCGCGCCCCUUCCUUCGGCCCGGCCCUCUCCCCGCCGCGGCAUGGAGGAGAAGUACAGCAGCCAGGCCCUGGCCGCUGGCGGCGUGCUGGGGCCCGUGGAUGUGCCCAGCGCCCGGUUAACUCGGUAUGUUGUGCUGCUGUGCUUCGCCAAGUUUCUGAAGGCAGUGGGCCUCUUUGAAUCCUACGAUCUUCUGAAAGCAGUCCAUCUUGUGCAGUUUAUUUUCAUAGUGAAGCUGGGGUCUGCGUUUUUUAUGGUUUUAUUUCAAAAACCAUUUUCUUCAGGAAAAGUGGUAACUAAGCGUCAGUGGAUCAAAAUUUUUAAGCAUGCUGUUGUGGGAUGUAUCAUUUCACUCUUAUGGUUUUUUGGCCUAACUCUUUGUGGACCACUAAGAACACUGUUGCUGUUUGAACACAGUGAUGUGGUUGUGCUGUCACUCCUUAGUGUCUUGUUCACAAGCUCAGGUGGAGGACCAGCAAAGACGAGAGGUGCUGCAUUUUUCAUCAUAGCUGUCAUCUGCUUACUGCUUUUUGAUAAUGAUGACCUCAUGGCUAAAAUAGCAGAACAUCCUGAGGGGCAUCACGACAGUGCUCUUACGCAUGUUCUGUAUACAGUCAUCGCUUUCCUGGGCGUUGCAGAUCACAAGGGAGGAGUACUGCUUCUGGUACUGGCAUUGUGUUGUAAGGUUGGUUUUCACAUGGCUUCUCGAAAGCUUUCUGUCGAUGUAGGUGGAGCCAAACGUCUUCAAGCUUUGUCUCAUCUUGUUUCUGUACUUCUGUUGUGCCCAUGGGUCAUUGUCCUCUCUCUGACAACAGAGAGCAAAGUCGAGUCUUGGUCUUCUCUCAUCAUGCCUUUCAUCACAGUCAUCUUUUUUGUUGUGAUUUUGGAUUUCUAUGUGGAGUCCAUAUGCUCUGUCAAGAUGGAAUCUUCCAAGUGUGCUCGAUAUGGAUCCUUUCUUAUAUUCAUCAGUGCGCUGCUUUUUGGCAACUUUUGGACACAUCCAAUAACAGACCAGCUUAGAGCUAUGAACAGACCAGCACACCAUGAGAGCACAGAACACGUUCUUUCUGGAGGAGUGGUAGUGAGUGCUGUUUUCUUCAUUUUAUCUGCCAAUAUCCUGUCCUCCCCCUCCAGGAAAGGGCAAAAGGGCACGCUUAUUGGCUACUCUCCUGAAGGCACUCCUCUAUAUAACUUCAUGGGUGAUGCAGUACAGCAGAGUUCUCAGUCAUUACCACGUUUUAUUAAAGAGUCAUUGAAACAGAUUCUUGAGGAGUAUGAUUCUAGGCAGAUCUUCUAUUUCUUGUGCCUAAAUCUGGCUUUCACUUUUGUGGAGCUUUUUUAUGGAGUAUGGACCAAUAGCCUUGGUCUUAUAUCUGAUGGAUUUCACAUGCUUUUUGAUUGUUCUGCAUUAGUGAUGGGGCUUUUUGCAGCUCUGAUGACAAGAUGGAAAGCAACUCGCAUAUUUUCUUACGGAUAUGGACGUGUAGAAAUUCUUUCCGGUUUUAUUAACGGCCUCUUUCUGAUGGUAAUUGCUUUCUUUGUUUUCAUGGAAUCAGUGGCCAGACUGGUAGAUCCUCCAGACAUAGACACAAAUAUGCUAACUCCAGUCUCUGUUGGAGGGUUGAUUGUAAACCUUGUUGGUAUCUGUGCCUUUAGCCACGCACACUCCCAUGGGGCUUCUCGUGGAGGCUGUCAUUCACAUGAUCACAGUCAUUCUUACCAUGGACACAGCCACAGCCAUGGGCAUGGCCAUUCCCACAAUGACCAUGGGCACAGCCACGGACAUUCCCAUGCAUCUUCUGGAGGAGGCAUGAAUACCAACAUGAGAGGUGUGUUUCUGCACGUGUUAGCAGACACUCUUGGCAGCGUCGGUGUUAUCGUAUCUACCACAUUUAUUCAACAAUUUGGAUGGCUGAUAGCUGAUCCCCUCUGCUCUCUUUUUAUUGCUACAUUGAUUUUUCUCAGUGUUAUCCCACUACUGAAAGAUGCCUGUCAAGUGCUUUUGUUGAGGAUACCUCCAGAACAGGAGAAAGACCUGCAUGCUGCUUUAGAAAAGAUUCAGAAAAUAGAUGGAGUCAUAUCCUACAGAGAUCCUCAUUUUUGGUGUCAUUCUGCAAGUGUUGUGGCAGGUACAAUACAUGUGCAGGUGGUAUCAGAUGUGAUGGAACAGAGAAUUGUACAGCAGGUUACAGCAAUUCUGAAAGAUGCUGGAGUAAACAACCUAACUGUCCAAGUGGAGAAGGAAGCUUAUUUUCAGCACAUGUCCGGCCUCAGUACAGGAUUUCAGGAUGUACUUGCAAUGACUCAACAUCUAGAAUCCAUGAAAUAUUACAAAGAUGGUACUUACAUAAUGUGACAAAAAAUUAUUUUAGCCAAAUCUGUAAAUCUGUAGGAUUCCAUGUCUGUAUUAUUUUUGAGAGGGGAUAUUGCACAUCCAUGUACAGAAAAAUGUACUGUACUCUUAAUUUUUUUAAGCAUUGUAUCUGGAUUAAGAUUGGAUGAAGAUGCUUUUGUAAAGGAAAUAAGGACUAUAAAAUCUGCUGUAUAUGUGAAAAUAAUGGAAAUCCUAAGUACUGUACUAAGUACUGUGGUGUUCAUUAAACAGAAAUCUUACCACUGGUGGAUGAACACUGAUACCUUCCACAUGUUCUCUCAAGUAUGGAACAUCAUGAUGAUAAAUUCAUGUUAACGGUAAAAAACUGAAAUAGUUUAUAUUGGGCUCCAAAAGAAAUCAGCUGAAAAAUAUUGUUCUUUCUUCCAGAAGUAGUUUGAAGAGUGAAUAAAAAAUAUUCACGCAUUUAUUAUGGGGAGUAAAAAUUAAGCUGAAUUCAAAGGUGAGUUUUUUGCAGAGUUUGUUAGAUAAUAAAUAUACAGUUUUUAUA